ACGCCAUCACCAAACACGGAAGCUGAUUUGACGACGACGUUUCUGGGCGUGUUAGUGUAAAAAAUAUAUAUAUACUGUAAAACCCACUUGACAACCCUCUGAGUGUUUAUUGACCGCAAAGAACCUAAAUAACCACCUCAACACAAUGGCAUCACCAGCCACUCUAUCCAAAGCCAACACCUCCUUCUGCCUGGAUUUGCUGAGAAGACUGAGCGACAAUGACAAGACUGCAAAUGUCUUCUUCUCCCCUUUUAGUAUCUCCUCAGCACUCGCCAUGGUGAUGCUGGGAGCCGGGGGCAACACAGCCUCACAGAUGUCAGAGGUUCUCUAUUUCACUGAGGCAAAGCCCCAACAGACACAAGCACAACCGAUGCAAAUGCAGCAACAGGUCCAGUCCAGUCUGCCAAUGUUUCUGCAGAAGUGCCUGAAAACUAAAGGUCAUGACGAUAUCCACGGCAGUUUUGCCAAACUGCUGGUUGAGCUCAACGAUCCAAAAGCUGUGUAUGCCCUCAGCGUUGCCAACAGACUGUAUGGGGAGCAGUCUUACCAGUUUGUUGAGGAUUUUCUUGCACAAACUAGGAAGCACUACCGAGCAGAGCUGGAGUCUGUGGACUUUAUAAGAGGCCAUGAGGCAGCCAGGGUCAACAUCAAUAAAUGGGUGGAGAAGGAGACACAAGGUAAAAUUAAGGACGUACUGGCGCCUGGUGUGUUGGACAACAUGACCAGGCUGGUGCUGGUCAAUGCCAUCUACUUUAAAGGCGACUGGAACAAGAAAUUUAAGGAGAGCUCAACACAUGACGCUCAGUUUAGGCUUAACAAGAAUGCAACCAAACCAGUGAAGAUGAUGCACCAGAAAUCCAAAUUUCCUUUGACUUUCAUCCCUGAAGCCAACUGCCAGAUCUUGGAGAUGCCAUACAAAGGGAAGGAUCUCAGCAUGCUCAUCUUUCUCCCCACGGAUAUAGAGGACAGUUCAACUGGCCUGGAGAAGAUAGAGAAGCAACUCACCUAUGAGAACUUUGUGGAGUGGACUCGUCCAGAGAUGAUGGAUGACGUUGAGGUCCAGGUUGGCCUGCCUCGAUUUAAGUUGGAGGAGAAGUACGACAUGAAGAAUGUCUUGCUCAGCAUGGGGAUGGCAGAUGCCUUUGACAUGACAAACAGUGAUUUUUCUGGCAUGUCUCCUGCCAACGACCUGGUAUUGUCAAAGGUCGUCCACAAGGCCUUUGUGGAGGUGAAUGAAGAAGGCACCGAGGCUGCUGCAGCCACCGCUGCCGUCAUGAUGUUGCGCUGUGCCUUGCGAACACCUGACUUCAUCGCUGACCACCCCUUCCUCUUCUUCAUUCGGCAUAACCCGUCCAUGAGCGUGCUUUUUGCUGGUCGAUAUUGCUCGCCCGUGUGAGCAUUGUAGUGCUUCGAAGCAAUGUUGCUUCAUAUUACACACUUAACCAUGGAAGGAAUCACCACUUGAGUGUGCUGCUAAGAGCCUUAGUGAUUCCAGGAUGCUUUUGUCUAUAACCACAUGUGCCUGUCAUAUGUUCAAUUAUUGCUUAAUCAAGUGCACAUUCCCACUUUCACAGGUGAUUAAUUGUUAAUUGUCCGUCUUACAGUGCUUUCCAUUGUAAUGCACUUCUUGCUUUAUUUCAUGGCCGUAAUUCAAGUUGGGCCAUAUUAAACUGAACCAUCAAACUAAUCAAAACGUCAUACAGUGUUUAGAUCUCCUUGUCUCAUUUUAUGUCAGAGUGAUGGACAUGUUAAUGUUGUUUACCAAGAGAAUGACGAGAUUAAGUUAGUAUGUCCUGUACAGUUAAACACCAAUAAUGAACCAAAAUCUACGGAGAUAUAUAGUUAGGAGCCCAGAUUUUCUUUUGUCUGCAGUCUUAUAUCCCUUAUGUCUAUGCAAUAAAAGUGUCCAGUGUUUGGAAAACCAAAUGUUUCUACUCUUUAAAAAAAAAAAAAGUAUUACUUUUUUUCCCCCAACUUACCAAAAUAAUACUGUAAUACAAAGUAUUUAUCGAUAGAACACAAGUUACGGCAACAAAAAAAGAACCGUAGAUGCUUCCUCUAAGCUUCCUCUGUACUAUGUGUUUAAUAUUAAACCAGGAGUCACCAACGUGGUGCCCGCGGGCAUCAGGUAGCCCCCCACAACCACAUGAGGUGCCCGCAAGCCUGCUUUUCAUUCAGGUUUUCAGUUAAUAAUGAAAGAACAGUAGAAAGAAAUGCAUUCUGAAAUACAAAAUGUGAGUUGUGGACACCAGAAUUUUGUUCAUGUUCUGGUAAAACAAGCAUAUUCGCUUUGUUUGGGUU